UCCAAUCAUUUAUCGUAUUGAUUACGUAAAUGUUUAUAAUUAUGGUUGAAAUCACAUGCAUAUAAGUAACUGUGAUCAUCAAGUUGAAUUUGAAUUGGUCAUUUAUUAGCCGCUUAAUUCGGUGUUUAUAAACUUCGGAUUUUCGGUGCUGCAGUCAAUUUAAAUCUUGUGUUCGUUUGUGAUACGAACUCAGCAGACUGACGUAUUCAUUCACUACAGACCUGUCUGUGGUGUAUUAGUAGGUAUACCAUAUGGAAAUACGCUAAGCUAGAUUCAACAAUAGCUUCGAUAAACAUAAUAAACGAAUAAUUUUAUAGCUACUAACACUCGCGAAAGGUCUUCCAACUCUGAUACACUCUUACAUUGUCUGUUCAUUGUUCCAACCGUUUCGAUAAGCAAGCGUCUCUUGAUUUCAAUGGCAAUAACACUUAAAACAUCAAUUUAAUUAUUGUUACGCUUUUGUCAACUGAAUAUUACACUACAAUUGCGAUCUGUAUGAGGUAUUGAGUGCUGUAGAAUUGCGUUGACUUAAAUAAUUAACUUAAUAAAUAAUAUAGAAAUUGUGUAUGGGAAAUGUGUUUUAUUGUGAUUUCGUGUGAAAUUCCUCGUUAGCAUGUAAUACAAAUGCCAAUUGUUGAUUUGAAUUUAAUUGACGUUAAGGCAAACUAAUUACAAUCAAUCAUUUGCAUAUUUUGCUGUUGGUGUUUUUUUUUCGUGUUUUUGUUUUUACUUCGGAAAAUACUAAAGUUUCGGUGAAAACCUAUUCUGCUAAAACCCAGUGUGAGUGAAAUAAAAAAAACAUGGUAGAUUCUACGAAAAAAGAGGUUGAUAUUGAUAGCAUUUUGCUGGAACUGGGUGAAUUCGGUCGAUAUCAAAUAAAAAAUUUCAUUCUCAUUUGCAUUGGUAUAAUUGUUGUAUCGGAAAUGUCUCUCACAUAUGUGUUUACAGCUGGUAUAUUACAGUAUCGAUGCAAUAUCCCAGGAUGUGACCAAGAACCGUACAGUUUCAGUGAACCGUGGGUUUUCAAUGCGAUACCGGAUACGAAUGGCAUACGGGACAAGUGUACACAGUUCAAACAGGUUUUCGUUCCGGAACAUCCAGAUGUGUGUAAUAACACCGGCAUGUUCGACCAUUCAAAUAAGGUGACGUGCACCGAUUUCAUUUACGAUACCGACGAAUUGACUCUACAGAAUGAGUUCAAUUUAACUUGUGAUAAUGAAUGGAAAUUAACAUUAAUUGGUACGAUAAACAAUGCUGGAUUAUUUUUCUUCAUGGCCACCAUGGGUAUUCUAUCUGACAAAUUCGGUCGCCGCACAGUGUACAUAUACAGUCUAUUCGCUGGUGCCAUAGCUGGAACAAUUAAAUCAUUUUCCGUAAAUUAUGUCAUGUACGCCAUAUUCGAAUUUAUCGAUUCGUCUCUGGUAUCUGGAACUUAUGCAAUCGCAUUUGUAUUGGCGAUGGAAAUGCUAGGCCCUAGCAAGCGUGUAAUCGGCGGAAUUUUAAUUGCCUGUAGUUAUACCAUCGGUGAAGUGUUGGUAGGGUUUAUUGCAAUGUACGCAUUGAACUUUCGACUGCUCAUUCGGAUAGUGUACUGUCCGAUGAUUUUGGUUUUGAUCUAUUUUUGGCUGAUUCCGGAGAGUGUCCGGUGGUUGUGGGUAAAUGGCAAAAGCAAGGCAGUUAUAGAUGUUGUGUUGAAAGCGGCGGAUGCAAAUAAAAUAACGCUCAAGGACGAUACGUUACAACUAAUUUAUAGUUGUGGUAUCGAGCCGAGGACUUCAUUGGAAGCGCAAAGUCCGAAAACAGCAGAGACCUCAGAGAAAAGGAAAGAGAUGAAGAAGGUAUUCCGUUCGAGGAUACUGUUGCUUCGAAUAGCCAAAUGUUUCUUAGUAUGGAUGACGUGUGCGUUCGUCUAUUACGGUCUCAGUUUGAAUGCAGUUUCUUUGGCUGGCAAUAAAUUCUUGAACUUUAUGCUUGUCUGUGCCGCUGAGAUUCCCGGCUAUUUUAUUACAAAUUUAUUAAGCGGUCGAAUCGGCAGGAAAUGGACUCUAAGUCUAUCGUUAUUCGUUUGUGGUUUGUCGUGUUUAGGAACGCAGUACAUUCCGAUGGGUGAGAGCACAAUGGGCAAAUUGAGUUUAUUCUUUGUGGGAAAGGCGGCAAUUACCGUUUCAUUUACCGUACUUUAUGUGUUCACCUCGGAAAUGUUCCCAACCAGUCUACGUAAUAGUUUGGUACUAAUUUGUUCGACAGUUGGACGCAUUGGAUCGAUGUCAGCCCCACAAACACCGUUGCUGGCCAAAUACGUUCCGGCCUUACCACUUCUGUUAUUCGGCGGAUUGGCUAUUUUAUCAGGAUUUACUGUUCUGUUGUUUCCCGAAACGUUAAACACUUCGCUGCCCGACACAAUAGAGGAGGCAGAAAAUAUUGGAAAGAAGAAAAUAUAAAGAAAAUUCGAUUGAACGAUGCAAUCGUUGCUGGUCAUUUUAUUACCCAAAGAAA